UCUAAGUCGUUCGUGAAGUUGCCUGCGAAAUGCUUCAUGGACUUCAAACCGGCCGGUGGCCUUUGCCACAUUUUUCUCGCUUGUUUGAAGUUCCGUCACGAGCAUAACUGGAAGAAGAUUGAUCUUUCUUCAUCUUCUCGUUUGGAAAAACACAUUGAAAUGCUGGGGUGUGUAGAGCGCGACCUGAUAUCAUCAAAAUGUUGGGAGAAACCGGUGGUAUUCAUCUCUCCAUCAAUUGAGAAGGCCUUAACUUCUAGAUUGAUGGAGGCUGUAGAGCGAAUGGGUGCUACUGUGGCUAGCUCCCCGGUGGAAGCUACGCAUGUCAUACACCCACCUCCGUCCAACUGGCCUGGAAAUAGCUCUGAGGAUAGUCAGCAUCAACGCUUCCGUGUCAUUUUUCAAGAAGGACGUGGUGUUCUAUUACACUGGUUAUACUCACCAGGGACAUAUACUACUUGGUUCACCGGUCUUCAGAUGGAAUGGCCCUAUGGUGUGGAAUCACCACCGCAUCCUGAGAGUGGCCGCCCGUGGGAUGUCGACGCGCGCUGGCUUUUGUACUCCGAGGAAUAUAAUGAGUGGAUGGUUGAGGAAGAUUUUCUGCUCCCAGCUGGUGGCUUGCGUCCAAGAGCAUCAUAUACUCGUAAGUACUAUCACACAAUUAUGUGUGGGUCGGGGUCCAUAGGUUGA